GCGGGCGGGCGGGGGUCCCGGCGGUGCCAUGGGGCCGGGCUGGGGGCUGCUUUGGGUGGCGGCCGUGCUGUGCCAGCUGGGCAGCGGCAGCGUGCCCCGCCGCCGGCCGCACGCCGGCGGGCUCCCGCAGCGGCGGCUGAGCGGCGGCGAGCGGCGGGACGUGCAGCGGGAGAUCCUGGCCGUGCUGGGGCUGCCCGGCCGGCCCCGGCCCCGCGGCCCCGCCCGCGCCCCCGCCGCCGCCGCGCCGCUCUUCAUGCUCGAUCUGUACCACGCCGUGGCCGGCGAGGAGGAGGAGGAGGAGGAGGAGGGCGAGGAAGCGGCGGUGUCGCGGCCGGUGCUCACCGGGCUCAGCACGCAGAGCCCCCCGCCCGGCAGCGUGGUGAGCCGAGCGGACACGGUGGUCAGCCUCGUUAACGUGGUGGAGCAGGAGCGGGAUCUGCUGUCCCCCAAGCCCUACUGGAAGGAGUUCAGGUUCGACCUGGCGCAGGUGCCGGCGGGAGAGGCCGUGACGGCCGCCGAGUUCCGCAUCUACAAAUCGCGGGGUGCGCCCAGGCACGGCAACUGCAGCCUCCAGCUCCGCGUCUACGAGGUGGCCGGGCAGCACCCCGGCAGGGAGCCCGACCUGCUCCUGCUGGAUGUGCAGGACCUGCGCGCUGGCACGGAGGGCUGGCUGGUGUUUGAUGUCACAGCUGCCAGCAGCCACUGGUCAGGGGAUCAGAAACUCACCCUGGGGCUGCGGCUCUACGUGGAGACAGACGAGGGGCACAGCGUGGAUCCAGGCUCAGCUGGGCUCCUGGGGCGCCGGGGACCCCGCUCCAAGCAGCCCUUCAUGGUGACAUUUUUCCGGGCCAGCCCCAGCCCCUCCCGUGUCACACGAGCAGCCAAACCCCCGAGGAGGCGACAGCCCAAGAAAUCCAACGAGCUCCCCCACCCGAACAAGCUCCCAGGGAUUUUUGACGAUGUCCACGCCACGGACGGGCGGCAGGUCUGCCGGCGCCACGAGCUCUACGUCAGCUUCCAGGACCUUGGCUGGCUGGACUGGGUGAUUGCUCCACAGGGAUACUCAGCCUACUACUGCGAGGGGGAGUGUGCAUUCCCUCUGGACUCGUGCAUGAACGCCACCAACCAUGCCAUCCUGCAGUCCCUGGUCCACCUGAUGAAGCCUGAGGCCGUGCCCAAGGCGUGCUGUGCCCCCACCAAGCUCAGUGCCACCUCUGUCCUCUACUACGACAGCAACAACAACGUCAUCCUCAAAAAGCACCGGAACAUGGUGGUGAAAUCCUGCGGCUGCCACUGAGGGACAGGUCCCAUCCCACCCCUGAGGGUCCAAAUCCUGUCCCUGGAUGUCCCAUUCCUGUCUCUGGAUGUUCCAUCCCCGUCCCUGAGAGUCCAAAUCCCAUCCCUGAGUGUUCCAUUCCCACCCCUGGAUGUCCCAUUUCUGUCCCUGGAUGUCCCAUCCCCACUCCUAAGUGUCCCAUUCCUGUCCCUGAGUGUCCCAUCGAAUCCCUGAUGUCCCAUUCCCAUCCCUGGAUGUCCCAUCCCCACCUCUGAGCAUCCCAUUCCUGUCCCUGAGUGUUCCCUUCCCAUCCCUGGAUGUCCCAUUCCCACUCCUGAGUGUCCCAUUCCUGUCCCUGGAUGUCCCAUUCCUGUCCCUGGAUGUCCCAUCCCCACCCUGAGUGUUCCCUUCCCAUCCCUGGAUGUCCCAUCCCCACUCCUGAGUGUCCCACUCCCAUCCCUGGAUGUCCCAUUCCUGUCCCUGGAUGUCCCAUGCCCACCCUGAGUGUCCCCUCCCAUCCCUACCAGAGCAAUGUCACCCUGGGUUUCUGCUGCAUGCAUGGAAGAGGAGCUUUGGGGGCUGCACCAGAGCCAAAUCCAUUAAUAAUAAUAAUAAUAAUAAUAAAAACCAAAAAUAAACCCCUCCCACCCCUUUCCAGAAGUGGAUGUAAAUAAUAUAAAACUUCCUUUUUCUUAUCCUGCUUGACGAGACACAGAUACAUACAAACAUAUAUAUAUAUAUAUAGGAAAGAGGAUUUUUGGCUGAUUCUGAUUUUUUCCCCUGAGCUGGAGGCAGUUUUGGGGCAGGCAGCAUCCAGGUUGCUCUGGGACUGAGCUGUUUCUAGCUGUGUAUUUCUCCACUAACCCACCUCUACCCAAGUGCUUUUAAUUCCCUUAAUGAAAAUAUCAUCAGCCAAUUAAGUAGCUGGCUGACUAACCCCCUCCUGUUUACCCAAAGUUCACCAAACUCAGCCAGCUGGAAAAAAAAUAAAAUCUCCAUAUUGAGCUACAGCACUGUUAUAAAAUAAACGCAAAGUUUGGAA